AAGGCCUUAACACCCAUUGGGUUUACCGUGGGGCUAUAGGGGGCCACACGGACUCUGGCGAGGGAACACGUGUGCAUGCAACAUGCACACAUUCUGGCUCUGCCUACGAGAUCCGCCGGGUGGUACCUCCGCGUUCGACAGUCAGAGACCUUCUACCACCUACGGACAAUCACAACAUCCAUAGCCAAGAGAAAAAUUUCUCCUGGAACGGGACUCGAACCCGCACAGCGCACGGCGACUGAUCGGGAGACCGAAGAUUCUACUACUGGGGCCACCGCUGCUGCCUAGAAAUUUGUGGUGAUGCAAGUUGUAGUGUCUGUCGUAUCCGACAUC